AUGCACAUGGCGACAGACCCGGACGCGGGGGCCAACGGACAGGUGCGCUACCGGAUCGUCAACCACCCGGGCCUGUUCACCAUCACGGCCAACGGCAGCAUCUACACGGCGGUGCGUCUGGACCGCGAGCUGCAGAGUCAGUACAACCUGGUGGUGGAGGCGUCGGACGGGGCCGUGGACCCCCGGCGGACCACCCUCACCCUCGCCGUCCGCAUCUCGGACAUCGACGACAACAGUCCCGUCUUCUCCGAGCAGAGCUACGUAGCCAGCGUCCCCGAGAACAGCCCAGUGGACACCUUCGUCAUACGCCUCUCUGCGGUGGACGCGGACCUGUUCUCCAACGUCACGUACCGGAUCAAGACAGAGUCAGCCAGACAGCUCUUCUCCUUGAACCCGCUGACGGGGGUCCUGUCCGUGCUGCAGACCCUGGACUUUGAGGACCUGGCCAACAUGGGUCUGGGGGCCAACAUCACCUUCCAGGUGGAGGCCGUGGACGUGGGGGGGAUCAUGCCCCCAGGCCAGGCCACAGUCACCGUCCGCAUCAGCGACGUGAAUGACUUCUCCCCCGUGUUCAGCAAGGAGCUUUACAAGGGCCUCGUGGCCCCCAAUGCACAGAAGGGCACAGUCAUCGCCACCGUGUUCGCAGAGGAUCAGGACCCCCCUGGAACGCCGGCCAGCUUUGUGCGCUACAAAGUGGACCAGGACCAAUCCCCUUACAGCGGGAGCAUCUUUGACGUGGAGGUGGUGUCAGGGAGGGUCAUCACUAAGGUCAACCUCAACGAGCAGCCCAGUGUCACCUUUCAGCUUGUGGUAAUAGCCUAUGAUGACGGGGAGCCAGUGAAGUUCAACACAACCCUGGUUGAGAUUACCGUUCUGCAGCCAUCCCGCAUACCAAUCUUCACUCAAGAGGAGUACAGUUUCUCUCCCGUCAGUGAGCUGGCCCCCGUGGGGACUCGCGUGGGGACCAUCCUGGCGGCCGCUGUAAACGAAACCAUCUUCUACUCCAUCGUGGAAGGAAACGAACGAGGUCACUUCAGAGUGAACAACCGGACAGGCGUGAUCUCCACGGCGAAACCUCUGGAUUACGAGAACACCACCAGCUACGUGCUCCGGGUCCAGGCAGACUCCCUGUCCGUGGUCAUGUCCAACCUGAGGGUGCCCUCCAAAACCAACACAGCCAAGGUGUUUAUCGAGGUGCGCGAUGAGAACGACCACCCUCCGGUCUUCACCAGAAAACUCUACAUUGGAGGCGUGGCGGAAGAUACCAAGACCUUCACGUCUGUGCUGAAGAUCAUAGCCACCGAUGUGGACACGGGGAACUACAGCGCCAUGGCGUACCGUCUGAUCAUCCCGCCCACGGCAGAUGGCCAGGACAGCUUUGUGAUCGAGCAGUACUCGGGCAUCAUCAAGUCAGCCAUCAUGUUCCGCAACCUGCGCAGGUCCUACUAUAAGUUUGAGGUCAUAGCCACCGACAACUAUGGAACAGGCCUCAGCAGUACUGCCGACGUGGUGGUGUCAGUGGUAAACGCCCUGGAUAUGCAGGUGGUGGUCUCCAACGUCCCUCCCACUGUGGUAGAGGAGAAUAGAGAGCAGCUCAUUGGGAUCCUUGAGCGCUAUGUUCAGGACCAGAUCCCAGGCGCCAAGGUGAUCGUGGAGGCCAUCGGGCCUCGUCGUCAUGGAGACGGGUACGAGCUUGAGGACUACACAAAGUCCGACCUGAUGGUUUAUGCCAUCGACCCUCUGACCAACCGGGCCAUCUCUCGCCAGGAGCUCUUCAAGUUCCUGGAUGGGAAGCUGUUGGACAUCAACAAGGAGUUCCAGCCCUACCUGGGCCAGGGGGGCCGCAUCCUGGAGAUCCGGCAGCCCGACAUCGUGGCCAGCGUGAAGAAGGCAGCCCAGGCUGUGGGCUACACCGAGGGGGCGCUGCUCGCCCUCGCCAUCAUCAUCAUCCUCUGCUGCAUCCCCGCCAUCCUCAUCGUCAUGGUCACCUACAAACAAUUCAAAGAGAGACAAGCAGAGUGCGCCAAGACUGCCAGGAUCCAGAGAGCCCUGCCACCUGGAGCCAAGGUCCCGGCUGCUUCUGCCAACCUGUACGAGGAGCUGGGGGACAGCAGCAUACGCGGUGGCGGCUAUGGCAGACAGCAACACCAAUUGCUGAGGCCAUCUCUACUAAGACCUGAGGAGCUCUCCAUGGAGUCUGGCAUCGACCCGGGGCAGGACUACUACGGCCAGGACUACUAUAAUUACGACCAGGGGUACGACCUUCCUCAGUAUGGCAGCCGCAGGAAGUUGAUUGCUCCCAUGUACGACGAGUAUGGAGAGGUGAUCAUGGAGGACGACUAUUACCCCCCCCACGGCCCUGAGGGCCGAGGCAGAGGGCGCGGCGGCGGGCCCAUGCGGGGCCGCGGUGGGCCUAAGAGGGUUGGAUUCAGGGACCUGCCCCCAGAGGGCGAGAUUGAGGAGGCAGUGCCAGCCGAGGCCGAGGUGGCGGCAGAACCCUCCAAGGCUGCUAAGAGGCUGAAGUCUGUCAUGAAGCUGAGCAAACUCCUGGCAUCCAGCAAGGGAGGAGAGCAGGCCGCCGCAGGCCUGUCUCCAUGGAAGAAGGCCAAAAUGUUCAAGAUGUUUGGCGCCAAGAAGAAGGACAAGGACUACGCCAAGCUGAUGUCGGCCCGCCGCAUCGACAGUCAGGAGAGUCUGACGGGCGGCCCGGAGGCGAGCGGCCCCGUCGAUGCAGUGCCCGCCGCCACGAGCAGCGAGCGAGACGAGGAAGCCUCGCAGGCCGCUAGCGAGGACGAGAAGAAGUCAAAGGUGUCUAUCAGCGUGACGGAGGAGAGCGAGCCAGAGGCCGGCGGGAGCGGGAAGGAGAAAGGCUCCGACGACGAGUCUGAGAGGAGCAGCGUGGAUAAAGAUUACCUGAAGGUGGACCUGGACCGAGACGACGCCAACGAGAGCACUGUGGACUCAGAGGAGGAGCCGGAGGAACAUCCUGGGGAUUCCGAUGAAGAGAGCAAGUCCAAGUCUGAGGACGAUGAAACAGAGAAGGAAUCUGGCACCGAGAAGGAGUCUGGCACAGAGAAGGAAUCUGGCACAGAAAAGGAAUCCGAGACGGAAAAAGAAUCUGAUUCAGAAAAAGAGUCGGGUUCUGGAAAAGAAUCGGAUUCAGAAAAAGAGUCGGGUUCUGGCUCCGGCUCUGGCUCUGGCUCAUCAGGCACAGAGAAGGAAUCCGAAACGGAGAAGGAGUCUGAAUCCGAAAAAGAAUCGGAUUCAGAAAAAGAAUCGGGGACAGAAAAAGAAUCAGGGACCGAGAAAAGUUCAGGCACAGAAGAAGAGUCUGAGGAGGAGGCUUCGGGGGAGUCCAGAGAGAGCGGCUCCACUGCCCGCUCGUCUGUGAAGUCAUCUGCUACUGGCACCAGUCAGGCCUCCUCAGAGAAAUCCGGCGGGAGUACUCAGGCCAGCGGUGGCAGCAGUGGAAGUGGUAGCGGCAGUGGUCCUGGCAGUGGCAGUGCCAGCGGUAGUGAGAGGGGAAGUGGUAGUGGCAGCGGUAGUGGUUCUGGUUUGGGUAGCGGUGCCAGUAGUGCAGCCUCCCAAUCUGGCUCCUCACAGAGGUCCUCUAUGAAGUCUUCACAGAGCACCAAGGAGUCCGAGAAGUCCAGUGCAGAGAGUGAAGGCGAGUCAGGGACAGGGACGGCCAGCGGGGGCUCGGUGGUCAGCGGCGCCAGCCAGAGCCAGAUGUCUGAAUCGGAGGCCAGCGGGUCGGAGGACAGCCAGUCCCUGGUCAGCGAGCGGAGCUCCACCUCCUCCAGGUCGGCAGGAGGCAGCCACCGCUCCCGUAAGUCUGUCAUGACCCACUCCUCAGAGGGCACCAUCGACGAGGAGAGCGAAGCGGAGGAGAGCGAAGGGGAGGCGAGCGGGACGGCGGACGAGAGUAAGGAAUCGGCCAGUGAGCCGAGUGACGCGGAGGACGCGUCCAGGAGGUCCAGUGUGGUAUCCGAGGUGGCGGGGCCUUCCCAUCCCUACUCUGGGGCCCCGGCUGAGGCCAGUGGCUCAGAGGAGGAGACCUUCGGGGGGCUGUCCCCCAUUACGGAGGUGGACGAGGAUGCCAUCACGUCAGAGAGCAGCUCCCAUGGCUCUGUGUCGGGUGCCACCAGCAGGUCGGGAAAAGGAGGGACCUCCGACACCGGCUCUGAAUCCGAGGGAAACUCCACGGCUUUCUGAGGGCACAGCCGGUCUGCUGGGAAGCUGGGAGGAAGCGUGUCAAACUAGUGGUGGACCGGGACUACGAGAGCAGCUCCACAGGAGACGACAGCACCAGCGAUGCCCAGCGCC